AUGAUUGUAAAGAAAUAAAAGUUUGGCGAUAAUGUGAAAGCUGCUACUGAUACUAAAGAGGAAGGCAAAUUAUAAUUAUAUUUUUUUUUUGUCUAAAUCGUAAUUAAAUUUUAUUAAUUAUUUAAUAGAUAAGUGAAAAACAAUAUCUUUGUUUGACUUCAUUUUGAAAAGGAAGGAUUUACAACUUCAUAUCCCCUUUUGAUCAUACCAUUUCAAUAUGAAAUAUUUUAUAUUAAUGACGAAACUAUCACCCAUAUUGAUAUUGAUUAUUAAUCCAAAUCUUCUAUUAAAGAUAUGGAUUUUACAGUUGAUAUAUAAAAGAUAUCUCAUAAUAAUGAUUAAUCUUAGAUUAUGAUUGAAUACUUAAACUUAGGAAAGAAACAACUCAAAGGUAACAAGAAGUGA